AUGGCGGCUGAAACAUAUUCUCCGACCAAGCUAUCAAGUAAAGAUGAUGGCUCAGUCGAGAAUGUAGAACAUCCAGCCUCACCAGUUAUUCUGGUCGAGGAAGAUAUUUCCUACGGCCACGGCGGCAUCCGUGGUGUUAUUGCGUCUCCAUAUAUCUUUGGUGCAGCCUUCCUGGCAUCAAUGGGAGGCUUCUCCUUCGGAUAUGACCAGGGCGUUAUCUCAAUUGUUAACGUUAUGGAUCAGUUCCACGAAGUCUUUCCUCGUGCCGAAACUGCAUUCGGGAAGGGCCUUAUGACUGGUAUGCUUGAGCUUGGCGCCUUUAUUGGAUGUCUCUUUAUGCCUACCUUGGCCGAUAAGAUCUCGAGGAAGAAGGCUCUUUCUAUUGUGGUUGUCAUCUUCAACAUUGGUGCUAUCAUGCAGACAACAGCCAAUUCGUAUGGUCUUCUUGUCGCUGGGAGAACCAUUGGAGGUAUUGGUGUCGGAACCCUUGCCAUGGGAGCCCCAAUCUAUAUCUCUGAGAUCGCACCACCUAACCUACGAGGAACACUACUUGUCUUGGAGUCUGUAUCCUGUGUUCUGGGUGUCGUGGUAUCUUUCUGGAUUACGUAUGCGACACGCAAUCUCCCGGGCGAGAUUUCUUUCCGUCUACCCUUUGGCCUUCAGAUGGUGUGCAGCACUAUCCUCGGAAUCGGCAUCCACUUCUUCCCAUACUCUCCACGGUGGCUCGCACUUAUAGACCGACCGGACGAUGCGCUGAAAAGCUUGGAGCGACUUCGCCGACUACCCAGAACCGACUCUCGUGUUGAGAAAGAGCAUAUUGGUAUCUGCAACGAGGUGACAAUCCAGAAGCUUGUACAAGAGAAACGCCACCCGGGCGUGACUGGUCUCAAGCUUGAGUUAUCUGGGUGGGCAGACUUGUUCAAGAAGAAGUCGUGGCACCGGACUUCCAUCGCCGUUGGAGUCGCCUUCUUUCAGCAGCUCUCUGGCAUCAACGCAUUUAUCUAUUACGCGCCGACGCUCUUUGAGUCACUGGGCCAAUCAGCAGAGAUGUCGUUGAUCAUGUCUGGAGUCUUUAAUAUGCUACAGCUUGUCGCAGUUACCGUUUGCUUUUUCAUCAUCGACAAGGUUGGACGACGCCCGUUAGCCAUCUGGGGUGGUAUUGGUGGAGGGACUGCAUGGGGUAUCAUGGCCACCCUUGUGGGCGUGUUUAAUGGCAAGUGGAGCUCUAACCCAGCCGCUGGUUGGGCUGCUGUGGCUAUGGCAUUUUGCUUUAUUCUCAUUUAUGGAGUCUCUUAUGCUCCUCUUGGCUGGGCGCUCCCUGCAGAGGUAUUCCCUAAUGCUUCCAGGUCUAAGGGUGUAGCUCUUGCGACGGCGACAGUUUGGCUCUUCAACUUUAUCGUGGGUGUUGCAACUCCUCCCAUGAUCGAGAGCAUUGGUUUUGGUGUAUAUGUAUUCUUCGGAUCUUGGUGCUUCCUGGCUGGUGCUUGGGCCUUCUUCCUUGUUCCUGAGACCAAGGGCAAGACAUUGGAGCAGAUGGAUGAGGUGUUUGGUGACCACGCUGCGCAGGAAGAAACGAUGAUCAUGAGAAGCCAACUGGGUAUGGUUUAA